GUAGGGCAUUCGUCACAUCACGGCGUUCAUUUCAUCACAUUUCGCUAAUGUCCAAUGGCGUGGCGCUUUGUAUAAUUGUAUAUAAAUAGGAAUACUUUCUCUCGUCCUUUUAACAUCUUGAUUUGUUGAAUAUGUGGUGUGAAGUUAGUGGCACCAAUAUUUUACUAUAGAGUACUAUUAACCAUUGUAGGUUUGGCUAGUUGGUGUUAUCGCUCCUGUUAGCUGCUACAGUGACUUAAAAACUAAACCUACCCUAAGCGCAACAUUACUUUAAUUUAUCACAAUGGAACACCGGCGGAAACAUGGACGAGGCGACGACGGGUCAGAAGAUUAUCCAACGUACUCCAGAUUGUUCAUAGUAUGCGAAAAACGAUUGAGUGAAGAUGAUUUUAGACAAGCUUUCUCAAAAUUUGGGACCAUUGAAGAUAUCAGAAUGCCCCGCGACCAUAACACUGGAGAUCCCAAAGGUAUCGUCUACAUUAAAUUUAAUAAAACUUCAGAAGCGGCUCAAGCCCUGGAAGAAAUGAAUUUCAAAGUUCUGCCGAAUGCGAGCCGCCCGUUAAAAGUUAUGGUCGCCGCAAACCGCUCAGAGAUUGAAUCUGACGACCAAGACCACGAAAAAUAUAAGAGACUGUUCUUAAACAUACCUAAAACUUCCAAUGAAGAUGUCUUGCAGGAAGACUUUGGUCAGUAUGGUGAAAUCGAGUCAAUAAACAUUCAGCGAGAUAGAGCCAGUGGGGACUCCAAGGGGUUUGCUUAUGUUAAGUUCAGAAAAUUUUCUGAAGCAGCCACAGCAUUUGAGAAAUGUGACAAGAAGUACAGAGCCAUCUUUGCUAUGCCUAAGGGGCACCAUAGACGGCAUGAGACAGCAUUUGAAUCUAACAUUAGUUCUCUAGCUCGGUCGUCGUCUAACAUGAGAAAUUCAUUAGUCUCUAUGAUGAAUGUGCGGCCGGAUGGUUAUACUAGCAUUAGCUUUAUGUGCUGCCCGUACCUCACACAGCUGCAUGUAGAGAGAUUCUUUGACAUAGUCCCAGGCAUGGUAAAGUGCCAGUACUUUGUGGAUUUGGUCAGAAACUUUGGCAAAGGAACAGUACAAUAUUCAAACCCUGUGUCUGCAGCUUAUGCAGUUGAAAAACUGAACAAGUUUGAAUAUCCUCCAGGCUUAAAGAUAUUUGUUAAACCGGACAAUUCAAAGUUUGAACCCCAUGAACAAAGCUUUAACAAUAUACCUGAUGCUGUAACUAAUCUGAAAAAUGUUAUGGCUGCCACAGCAAAGUCAACUUCCCCAGACUUAGCGCAAUUGGCUGAAGCCAUCGCAGAAGCUUCUAAGUUGGUCAAAAUGGCUACAGGGGGUGUGUCAAAUCAAAGUAUCCCAGACAGCACAGAUUUAAAUUAUUGUAGUGUUAAACUGCCUCCUAUGAAAGAUUUGGCCGACAUUGACAGCAAAGUAGCUAAAAGAUGCUUUUUGAUUUGCAAACCUCAACCUCCACCUUUGACCGUAUUGCGUGACAUAUUUUGUCGUUUUGGCGACCUUAUUAAUGUGUACACAUUGCCAAACAAGACUGUUGGGUUUGCUCGGUAUGCAUCUGUUGAAGCAGCAAAUGAGGCGAUCAAGACUUUGCAUGGAGCGGAGGUGUGUGGAGUUCGUAUGAAAGUGUUGCCUGCAGAAGAAAAACCAGAUGAUGAUGAGAGUUCUACUAAAAGGACUAGAUAUGACUAUUAAGUCCUUGAUCAGGCUGGCCUAAAAGAAGCUGUAUGUGUUAGGUUGCUGUACUGCACAUACUUGUUUUAGGAUGGCACAGAAUUUUGACAAAACUGUUGAUGCAUUGAUUCUUGAUUUCAUUAUAGAGUAUUUUUAGCUUAAAAUGCAUGGAGACACUAAAUAAACUUUUUUUAAAUAUG